AUUUAGUAUCUAAUCUACGUCGUCUUUGAUCAGUGGUAAUACGAUCUUGCAAUCAGCGAGAAACGUCAAAAACGUUGGAGUACGCAGAUAUCGUGGAACAGGAGACAGGUUGGACAGACGCGACCAAACGUGUUUAAACGUUUACAAGCGUAUUGGAAAUACUCGGGCGGACGAUGCGAACAAACGUAACGACAAGAAAUUUUAGGACGCGAUAAAAAUUUUACUCGUCAUCCUUCCAACUAAAAACAAACGAGAAAUAUCGUUCGGAACAUUCGCAGCGAAUAUUUUUUUACCAUGGCCAACAGUCUAGCAAAAGUCUUUGCCACCGAAGAUUUCAAUCCCGAAAAGUUUGUGAAAGAACUCAGCGCACAAUGUGUCGGAGCAGACGAAUUGAGACAACAGAGAGCGAAAAUUCAAGAGUUGGCAAACAAUACCUCCGCGCAAUUGAAGCGUAACGUUUAUCAGAAUUAUACGCAGUUCAUAGAAACUGCCAAGGAAAUUUCACACUUGGAAAGCGAAAUGUAUCAAUUAUCUCAACUGCUCGGCGAGCAACGUUCGUUAUUGAGUACAUUAGGAUCUACCAGGACUACCGGCGUUACUUUCGGAGACUCGUCCGAAUCACAGGUAGAAGAUGUUAACGACUCCACUGCCAAAGAAGAGGAACAGAAACAGAAGUUGGUGCAAUUACUAGAGAACGUGGAAGGAGCUGUGAGCUUGGCAGAAACGUCCGGCCGUGUAUGUUUGCACGAAGGUUCGCUGCUGGAGUUAGAUCCUUUGGAAGGGACGCCGUUGAAAAGAGUUCACGCGUAUUUAUUCAACGAUAUCUUAAUGAUUGCUUCUUGGUUGGCAAACGGUAAUAGGAGAGGACCACCGAGAUACAAGAUGCAAGCUGCGUACAACCUCGAAAGUUUGGCCAUCGUCAACGUUAGAGAUCUAGGAACGGUAAAGUUGGCAUUCAAACUUCUGGCAUUCUCCGAUACAAGAGUAUUUCAGUGCGCAACCGCAACGAGCAAAAAAGAAUGGUUAGACAAAUGCGAGCAAGCAAAGAGAACGAAGUUGAUCGAGGAUAAUCCGAACGAAGCGACAGACAAUGACAAACGGUCGAAGGAGGAGAAAGCAACACCUUCCAGGUCGAUGUCGCUCGAUUCCAAUACCCUCGGUGUAGACGACGAAGAUACGGAAUAUCACGAACCACCGCCGGAGUGGAUGCUAGAAGUGGCGGAGGAUCUAGAUUCUUGCAUAGCGCAACGUCACUUCGAGGAAGCCUAUGGUCUUUCGGAGAAAGCGAAAGCCUAUUUAAAAGAUGCGCAACCGACGCCGCUUCUGCUUGAAAUCCAAGUGAAAGUAAACGACAGAGGGAGAUCGUUAGUCGACGUUUUAACGAAGGAACUCGAAUCAAGCGCGGAAGCGAAAUCGUUGCAAGGCGGAGGUUUGAGAAGCGCGCGACGCGCGGUAAAACUAUUGAUACAAUUGAACAGAAGCGCUCAAGCUUGUCAGCUGUAUUUGCGGCUAUGCGGUGCUGUGCUAAAGGCACGUUUGAAACGAGUAAAAAGAGAAGGAGCUACCGCACCUUACGCGAAGCAACUCGGCGCGAUCGCUUUCAGCAAUAUCGUCGAGAUCACGAAAGAAUUCUUAAAAAUUUUUCCACGAUCGACGAAUUGUACGUCCGGUCUCGUUGUUUGGUGUAGCCAAGAAAUAAAACACUUGACAACACAUUUAACCAAACAGCUUUUUAUUCCACAAGUGUCUUUAAACACAUUGGUAGAAUGUAUAGUUUGCGUUCGGAGUCAUUGCGAUCAGUUGACUCAGUUAGGAAUGGAUUUUCGUUAUCAAUUGGACGGUCAACUCAGAUCCCCGUUAGCGAAAGCUAUACAAGAUACGGGCGAGAGAUACAUCGAGAUCGUGAAGAAGCACAUAGCCGAAGACACGUGGCGGCCGACAAAUUUAGAAACUCGCAAAAACAUUCAAAAACUACUGUCAGAAUUCGAGGUCCUGGGAAUAACCGUUCCAUCGUUUUAUCUAACAAACGAUCGUUGGAUAGCAUUGACCGAUAACACUUUAACUUUUUCGAGACUUUACGUAAGUCUGUUGGAAGAUUGUCUCAGCGUCGCCACACCAGAGUUAAUGGCCGUGAUAGACACGGUUUUGGUAUCGGUGAUGCGAACUCAAGUACAAUACAUAAUUGCGUCGCUUACGAAUCCGAAAUUAAAACUGGAGAAACAAUUGGUGCACGAUAAUGCUUCGUACAUUCGAGAUGUUGUGAUCAUGCGAGGACUAGAGUUAUACGAAUCAACGACGAAUCAAAUCUUUAAGAAACUGUUGGCUCUAAAGGAACAAAUCGCGUUCGAUUCAUCGUCUCCGACCAAACCAAAAUCUGCUUCUAAAACCGCGAUACCAAAAUAUUCUGCCACGGAAUAUAUUUAACAACAAAGUAAAGUCGCGAGUGUACGCGUAGAAGCGUGGAAAACAAUUUACAAAGAAAACAAUAGAACGUUUCACGGUACAAGCGCCGUGUCUGUAUUACAUCGUACAUACAAGUUAAUUUGAAUUUCUUUUAGCAAUUACACAUAUCGGGUUUUAACAUUUUUCCCUGUUUCCAUCGCAGCAGGUACGUAAAACAACACUCGUUAUACAGAGAGAAAAAGUAAGAAUACGUGCGUUACAAUCGAGAAAGUGCGAAUAGUUUUGCAUCGAAAUAUAUGAUUUCCUGUUACAAUUGAUAUGAAAUAUUUACAGGUCAAAAAUUAAACGAAUAUUAAAUAUUAUACAGUUCUAUUUGGACAUUUGUCUAUAUGUUCCGACUCCUUGAUAGUUUGCAACUUCCUUUUCUUAGCUCGUAUGUCUGCCAAUGUCUGCUCUAUACUUCGUUGAUCCUUCUUAUUUUCACUAGGGACACAGCCGUAACUACUAUUAGCUUCCGUCUUUCUCGCUGCGGCCAGCGCAGCUUCUUUCCCGAUUAAAUGUUGAUACUUGUCCUUGUAACAGCUAUUCGGUACAAAAUUGUCUUUCCGUUUUCUAGGUUUGGCAGCAGCUUCUCGCUCUUCUUUGGCUCGUCUUUCUCUCUCCUCUAUCAAUCUUCUCGCUAUUUCUUCGUUCCAUUCCUCUCCUCUACGCAAUGCGUUCAACUGAUCUUCGGACGGAGCAUACUCUCUCUUGAAAACGACAAUGUGACGGUUAACGCUUUCUUCGCCAAACGAAUACGCCCAUACGUUUGCCACUUCGGCAACAUCGUGUCUACAAAGAAGCAAAAGACAUCGAGGUAUUACCUCGUCAACAAUCGCGCACACGUAUAUACAUGUUAUGACAAUUGUUUCAUCGUAUACAUUAUACUCCUGUGAAUUUGAUCCAUCGGAGGAAAUUUAUAUUCCUUCGCAUCGUCAUCUCGAAGAAAUUUGUUAAUUUUCCCUUCUACCUGGAUCGACGAAGAAAGAAAAAAACAUUGCAACGUUCGAGCGAUAACCUUAUUUCAGAAAAAGGACAAAAAAAGUGGAAAAUUCAAACCUUCUCUCGGAAAAGUUUCAACCUUUCGGCUUCUGCUUUUCGAUGCUUCUGACACUCCUCUUUUUGCUUUUUCAUCAAUGCCUUUUGCUCGUCACUGAUCGUAGGAGGCUUGUCCAUCGAACUUAAGAUAGAUCCUAGCAAAUCCAUGAUCUCACUCGUGAUAAAAUCGACGAAUUC